UUUUAAACAAAAAAAAAAGUAAGAAAUCUUUCCCAGAAAGGGAGAGAUUUUGAUAUUUAAACCAUGGAAGCCGAACCCAACGCACCCUCCAAUUGAGAGAGAAAGAGGGAAAUGGUAGAUUCAAGCGAUUCUGUGUCCAUUGACAUGGAGACUCUCUCUCUUGGUGGAAAGGAGUUCCUUGUCAGAACUUGCCAUGGUUGUGUAUCUGUUUCUGUAUAUGGAGACCAGGACAAGCCGGCACUCAUUACUUAUCCUGAUCUAGCUCUAAAUCAUAUGUCCUGUUUUCAAGGAUUAUUCUUUUGUCAGGAAGCAUGUUCUUUGCUCCUCCACAACUUUUGCAUAUACCAUAUUAGUCCUCCUGGGCAUGAGUUAGGAGCUGCUGCAAGUAGCCCUGAUGACCCUGUGCUUUCUGUUGAUGACUUGGCAGACCAAAUUGCUGAGAUUCUAAACUAUUUUGGACUUGGGUCAGUGAUGUGUAUGGGUGUCACAGCUGGAGCUUACGUUCUUACUCUAUUUGCUAUGAAAUAUAGACAACGCGUUCUUGGUUUGAUACUUAUUUCUCCCCUGUGCCAAGCACCCUCAUGGACAGAGUGGUUAUGCAAUAAGGUGAUUUGUAACUUGCUGUACUAUUAUGGCAUGUGUGGUGUGGUGAAAGAGUUCUUACUUAAGCGGUAUUUCAGCAAGCAGGAAGCUCGUGGUAGUGCUCAAGUGCCAGAAUCAGAUAUUGUCCAGGCAUGCAGAAGAUUGCUGGAUGAAAGGCAGAGUUUAAACGUUUGGCGGUUCCUUGACGCAUUAAACGGGAGACCGGACAUUAGCGAAGGAUUGAGAAAGCUAAAUUGUCGCUCCCUAAUAUUUGUUGGGGAGAACUCCCCGUUUCACACGGAGGCUCUCCACAUGACAUCAAAACUAGAUAGAAGAUACAGUGCCUUAGUUGAGGUUCAGGCAUGUGGAUCCAUGGUGACAGAGGAGCAGCCCCAUGCCAUGUUAAUACCAAUGGAGUACUUUCUAAUGGGAUACGGUAUGUACAGACCUCCUAAAUUGAGUGUGAGUCCAAGAAGCCCUUUGAGUCCAUUGUGCAUUUCCCCUGAGCUCCUAUCGCCGGAGAGCAUGGGAUUGAAGUUGAAGCCAAUAAAAACUCGAAUACCUGUUGAAGUCUGAAAGAAUGGUUUUUUGUUGUCUAUUUAUUGUACUUGGUUUGAUUGGUUAGGGAAGAUUACGUGGUGGGGUUGGUAGAAGAUUGUAGAUAAAGAGAUUACAGGGGAGAAAUGUUAGAAAGAAAGAUGAGGUCUCCAUUCUUGGAUGUGUAAUGAAAAGUGUUAGUUGAGGUUGAGGAGGAAUCAGUUAGUUGUAAAUCCUUGAAUAAAUUUUUACAGCUGAAUAGCAAUAAACGAUGGACGUUAUCUCA